AUGCAUUUUUUUGUUCAUGAAGAAAUUAACCUUCUUGAGGUAUUUAUGUAUGAUUAAUAUAAUGAAAGGCAGCACAAGAUGGUAAAUUGGAUUUUAUUAAUCAACAACUGGCUUCAUUAAGUUCUAAACAGCUUUAAGAUGCAUGUAAGAAAUCUGAUUAUUAUGGAAGAAAUGCAUUACAUUAUGUAAAUAGAUGUUUUAUAAAGGCUGCUUAUAGAGGACAUUAUAAAGUAGUAGAGUAUUUUCUUGAUCUAUGUUGUCUUGAUUUAAAUUCUAAAGAUAAUUAAGGUAAAAUGCUAAUUUGUAAUAUCUUGAAUAGGGAAUUCAGCUCUUGUAUUGGUUUGUGUAAGAGGAUACAAUUAGGAUAUUGAUGAAGCAACAAUAAAACCAAGAGAGAAAGAAUAGAUAGCUGAGAGAAAAUACUAAAUUGCUAAAUUACUUUUAUAAAGAGGAGCAACUCUUAAGGAGUAUUUGAAAGAUCACAUAAAUAAUCCUUUACAUUGGGCCUGCUUUUACGGUGAUUUUAAGUUAACUUAGCUUUUAUUAAAGUACAAUGCAAAUUUAAGUAAGAAUGAUUCUAAAAUAGUGCUGAUGAAGAACGAUAGAAAAUAAUUUCCUAUUGAUAUAGCAUUAAUGAAAGGAAAAGAUUAAGAGACUUAGAAAAAAGUAGUCAAAUACCUAAUAGUAAAAUUCUUAGCUCAUUUCUUGAAGAGUGAACAACAUAUUCAGCAAUUAAAAAGUCUAGAUGAAAAUCUCGAAGAAAGUGAAUUUGAUUUGAAUUAAGAAAGCGUAGAAAAGAAGAUAACUGACAGAUAAAAGUAUGAAACAGUAGGUUUAAACUAUUUGUUUUGGGCAAGUGUUUUAGGUGACUUAGAUUUAGUUAUUCCAUUGUUAAAAUAGUAGUUUUCUCCAUUUUCUCCUUCUUAUAAAGGAAGAAAUGCAGUUCAUGCAGCAGCAUAUCAUGGUCAUAAUAAAUUAAUAGAACUCUUUUUUGAAUCAGAUUAUUCAAACAAAAAAUUUAAUAUUAAGAAAUUAGUAAAUAUAAUGACAAUCGAAAAGCCACAAACAGCCUUGCAUAUAGCAGUUGAACAAGUAUUGAACAUUAUAUUGAUUUGAUUUUAGGGACAUGAAAAAGUGGUUGGGUAUUUAAUUAAAAUAGGUGCUGAUCAUCAUUUAUAUAACUUUAGAAAUUAAACAGCAUUUGCCUCUUCUAGAUCCAUUGCCAUCAAAGAACUAAGACAAACUUUAUUAAAAACUGAAAAGAAUCUAAUCAGAAGCGGAUAUAAAUAUGUACUGGUUGGGACUAAUGCAAGUGAAAAUUUAGUCAAAUAACAAUUAGAAAACAUUAAAAAGAAGGUGAAGGUAGGUAAAUUUAAAGCAGUGCCAAUAAAAUCAUAUAAUGAUUCUUGCUUUUAUUAUAUAAUAAAAGUUUCAAAUGAAUUAAAGAACUUAGUAGCUGAUUAUGAGAAAAUGAUGAUCUAUAAUUUUAAAGAAGGAAUAAUUUGUCAAUUUGAUAGGACAAAAGCUGAUAUGUAUGAAAACUUUCAUCAUUAUCAUGAUCAAUAAAUUAUAUUAUCAUUACUAUGUGAUGAAUUUGAUUUAGAUUAAUUUCUUCAUGAUAAAUUAUUAUUAGAUCACUUUCCUUUACAUGAAGAUGAGGAAAAGAUGUUAAUUUAUAAUUAAUGGAAAAAAGAAAAAUGGGAACUACUAAAGGAACCAUUAUCUUUCAAAUAAAAUAGAUGCAGAACACCAAGUGCAAUAAAAGCAUAUUUUGGAGCAGAAGUUGGAUUUUUUUUUGUAUUUUUAAGUUUCUUUACAACUUGGUUAUUUAUUCCAGCUGUGCCUGGUAUUAUGCUAGGGGUUUAUGUUUAUGCAACAAAUGAAAUAAAUUCUUUAUUUAUUCCAAUAUAUACAAUUGCAUUGGCAGUUUGGGCAACUAUUUUUUUUGAAUUUUGGAAGAGGAAGUAAAGUGAAACUAUGUUUUAAUUUGAUAUGCAUGUUGAAACUGAAUAGAAAUAACCAAUACCAUCUUUUAAAGGAUAAUUUUGGAUCGAUGAUGUGACUCAUAAAAUAGAAAUUCAAUAUUCCAAUAGAGAUAAAUGGAAAUAUUAUAAAUCUGUUACACCUUUGGUGCUUCUAGCUAUAAUAUUAAUAGCAGGAGAACAAAUUGGUUAUUAUUAUAUUAUAAAAUUGAGAGAACGUUCUACUGAAUUUACGAUACUAUGUUCUAUAGGUUUAGGUAUCUCAAUAAAAAUUACUAAUGAAAUCUUUAAUUAUUUUGCAAGAUUAUCACUUGAAUAUGAAAAUCAUUAAUAUCAAAAUGAAUUGGAGGAUAUCUACAUUAUUAAAGUAUUCUCUUUUGCUUUUCUCAAUUCAUUUGGUCGUUUGUUUUACAAAUCUGUAAUUGAUCCAGAUGCUGAUGAAUUAAAUAUUAUGUCUAUUACUUUUACUAUUGUUUGGGCUAUAAUGCAUUAUUUGAGAUUCACAAUUCUUCCAUUAAUUCAAUAUUCGAUAAAGAAAUAUUUUUUAAAUAAAGAAUACGAAUUAUUUUUAGAAGGUAAAUGGAGGAAGAUGUAUACAUCUUAAAUGGCCAGUAUUUUAGAUAAUGAAACUCAAAAUUAGACUAACAAAAGUUUUGAUAGAAAAAGUAUAGGUUAUAAAAGAUUUCUAAGAUCUGUUGAAUUAAAUAGAAUUAUGAUGGCAACACCUAAUCAUGUUGACUAAUUCACUUAUUUUGUAAUAAAUCCAAAAUAUUUUAGAUUCUUCAAUUUUGUAUGGUUACUAUGUUUAGUGCCAGUUCCUAAUUAAUACCAAUAGCAAUUUUAUUAUUUAAUAUAAUCAAUCUGGAUGGUCUUUUGUAUGGUUUCAUUACAUUUAUUAAAAGACCUAGAGCUGAAGCUAAGAAAUCUAUUGGAUUAUGGAAUAGUGUAUUACUUAUAGUUGGAUACAUAGGAACCAUAAUAAAUUGCUUAACCAUCUACUAUGCUAAUCAAGAUUAACUAAAUAAUUUGAUAGGAAAAGUUAAUGAAAUUGAUUAGUCCUCAGUAAUUCUCUUAUUAAUAAAAUAGCAAGCUCUUAGAAACUUUUUACUACUUAUAGCUGCAGAACAUAUUGUUAUUGGACUCAAGUUUAUUAUUGAAACAGUCAUUCCUGAUGAACCUAGUUGGGUUACAAAAGUCUUAAAAAGAUAAGAAUAUCUAUUAGAAUAAAUGAUGAAAAGUGUUGAUAUUGAUGAAUCCUCUUGUGAAAAAUUAAAAGAUGAAUGA